CAAUAAACAAGACGAUCCCAGGAUGGCUUUUGUUGCCGGAAACCCCUUUGAGAGAAUGCAAUCACAGCCAGAUAUUGAGAGGUUGGAAAAUGGAGAAGCAUCUCAGGGAGACUGUUUACUGGGAAAAGAUCCCACCGGUCCUCCUGACCAGCGGUUUAACAGCUCUACGGUUGCUUCAAGGUUCCUGCAGGCUGAACUGGAGCUGAAUCUAAGGUUACGGGCACUGUCGUUUGGAAAACCAGUGCGAUACACGUACAACCCGCUGGAGUACGCCUGGGACACACAUCGAUGCUACGUGGAGACGUUCUGUCAGGCAGGGCAGAGCGUGCUCUUUCUGGGCAUGAACCCAGGGCCGUUCGGCAUGGCGCAAACCGGGGUUCCGUUCGGCGAGGUGAAAGCAGUUCGUAACUGGUUGAAGAUCAGUGGAUCGGUCGGCCGCCCGGCAGAGGAACACCCGAAGCGACGGAUCACGGGCCUCGACUGUCCUCACAGUGAAGUGAGCGGCGCCCGUUUCUGGGGCUUCUUCCAGGAGCUCUGCGGUGAACCUCACAGGUUCUUCCGACACUGUUUUGUGCACAACUUGUGCCCUCUCAUCUUCAUGAGCGAGACUGGCAAGAACCUCACCCCGCCUGAGCUCCCGGCUGCGGAGCGGGAUGCCCUGCUGUCCUGUUGUGAUAGCGCUCUCUGUCAGGUGGUCACCGCUCUGGGCGUCUCGAUGGUCAUCGGAGUGGGUAAACUCGCUGAGCAACGAGCUCGUCGUGUGCUUUCUGAAGCGGGGAUCACCGUGAGGGUGGAGGGGAUCAUGCAUCCCUCCCCGAGAAACCCACUGGCUAAUAAAGGAUGGGCAAACAUAGCUCGAGAGAAACUAGAUCAUCUGGGGGUGUUGAGUUUGCUUACCAGAUGAGGAUGAUGAUGAUGACAGCUACUACCUCAUACGUUUUUGAAACUUACUCUUUCCAUUUUCAGUUACUUAAUGAAAUGAGACAUCGGUGGAAGAGGUAAUGUAUAAAACAGAUGUUAUGCCCAUUAAAGGAGUAGUUCACUUUAAAAAAAAAAAACUUUUGCUGAUAAUUUACUCACCCCCAUUUCAUCCAAGAU